GCACAAAAGAUAUCACGACGAAUAUAUCAUAAAUUAUUUUAAAAACGUAUUUCUCUAAUCUACACAUAAAACAUAUUGCAUAUAUGUAUCAUAUUCAUCAAGAAUGUAAAGAAAUAUAAUUGUUACAUAAUGCGAGAUAAUGCAUUUCCUUUAAAAGACUAAUUAACACAAUUAGUAAUUGCACGUUUUGUACGCCAAAGUAAAAGUAUUCACCAAAUAUUUUAUAUCUCGAUUCGUUUUACACGUUGUGUAUGAUAUUGCAGUUGCAAGUGAAAAAUUAAAGAGUAUCUGAAAAGGACGAUUCUCGACGAAAGUACAUGUACGUAGAUAUCGAUCUGUGUCAGUUCUGUCUCAAUGAUAUAUGUGUAUAUAUAUUUUCAAUAGAGUUACAUCUACUUUAUUUGCAUUAUUAUUGGUGCUGGUCGUUUCGGUGAAUCUAAUGACAUCCAACAAUGAUUCAGAGCAGAAGAAAAAAAUAGGCUGCAUAUAUAGAGAUAUGUAACAUAUAUAGAAUAGCGUAAUUAUAUUUAGAUAUGUUUAGAGAUAGACAGGCGUAUCUGUAAGAGCGAUAUUUCCAUGACAUCUCGAGCGGGAAAACUACGAAGUCGCUGGAAAAGAAAAGAGAAGGAGAUAUCGUUAAUUGCGGUCGCGUCGAUACAAAUUUCGCGCCGCGGGGCAGGAAUCGGAAUGAACGGAACGAGUGGAACAUUCCGCGAUUUGACAUAUACACGACUCACGAAACGCGAACAUUUCGGCGAAGAGGGCGGAAGGAAAGGCGCGAGAGACAUAGAAAGAGAGCUUACGGAUUCAAUUGUUCCCGUGAGAAAACGCCGUGAUUUCACGGGAACGCGAAAAACCUCCGAUUUCGAUCAGGUGGGCGCGAUUCCCGAAGACCGCGUGUCGAGAUCGCGAAAGUCGCGAAAAGUACGCGCGGAGGUAGAGGGGGGGGGAGGAGAAAGCGGGAACGCGCGGAACGCGAACCGCCACUGCCACCGCCACCAGUGUUGUCGACGAGAAGGGUCGACACCGUCGACUCAAGGCGAUCGGUCGGAGUACUUGCUGCACGUUCUUUUUUUUACCCCCCCUCCCCCCCGCAGACGGCACGGGGGUCGAGAAGAUCGGGACGAGAGAGAGAGAGAGAGAGAGAGAGAGAGAGAGAGAGAGAGCGAAACUGAGCGAAACGAACGGCUGGGACGGCGGCAGGCGUUUGGUUGUAGGACGUUCGCGUGCUCGUGAACACGACCCGUGGUGGCCUGUGCCGGCAGUGGACGCACGAAUUUCUCGCGGGGUGUGAGCGAAACACAUGUGUCGCAGCCGUGCGGUGUUUCCCAUCGCCGCGGACUGCUGCUGCCCGUCGCCGUACCACCGUCCCGUAGGCUGCGCGAAAUCUCGGGCGCGCGGACCGCGGGCGCCCGUGAUUUCCGUGGAGCACCACGUUCACCACGAUCAGGACGAUGCGCCGCGUUUCGGCGGCGGAGUAGCCAGCAGCAGCAACAGCAGAAGCGGAAGGCGGUAGUGCGUGCGUGGGUGGGUGGGUGUCUGGCGACCGCCAAGCACACUCAUGCACACCGGAUUUCUCCGCGCGCCCCGCGAGUCUGAGUCCUCGCUGUCGGACUGAUAGCGAUCGCGUGCUGGGUCGUGGAUCCGAGGUGACCCGGCGUUGUCGCCGAUCGUCGCACACGUUGUGUUCCUCGUCGUGGUGGAAGGAAAGGGGGAAAAAAAGGAGUGAAAUAUGUCGCCCCUCCGUCUGGAGCUGUUGCCACUUUGACGCUCCUACUCGCCGCGCGCUGCUGGUGCACGAUGACACCACGACGAUUGAGCCAGCGACAGAUCUACCCGGGGAACGGUCACGCGCUUCCGCCCGUCGCGUGCCUCGCCAGGGAAUAAACAGGGCCGAUGCGAUUCGCGGCCGCAGUCACCGAACCUCCUGUGUGUGUAUGUGUCUGUCAGCCAUCACGAUCGCCCGCGAGUCAUGACUUCUGUGCUCCACUCCGUAUCUCGUCGUCCUGCGUCCGAGUGGCACUGAGUUUUGACCGUCUGUUCGCGCGACACACGUGCCUCAGACUUUGUAAAAAUUAUUGCAAGUCCUCGUUCUGUCCGAGGAGAAAGAGAGAAAGAGAGAUUUCUAGAGUAUGAGGAUGUCCCUCGUCGCCAGUCCAAACGUCGCGACGUGGUUUCAGGUUUAACUCUCUGAGAGAAAGUCAACGAGUUUUAUUACUCCUGCCGUGUCACACACUGAGAGAUCCAAGUAUGAGAGGCCCAGCGGAGGAAAAUGGAUACCGGUAAAAAAGUGUCAGCAUGCGCGAAAAGUCAGCAGAAUGUCAUGCUCACGCAGGUCACGUGAGGGGCACGACAGAGAUGUGCUCGCGUGAUCCACCUACACUGCACCCGACCUUCGCCAAGGCAAAUGGUAAAAAUUCAAGUCCCCAGCCAGCUCAUCAUCCCGAGGCGCAGCAGCGUAACAGCGACAGCAGCCUGCUGCCGACUCCUGGAGGUCGCUUGAAAUUCUUCAAAGAUGGAAAGUUCAUCCUGGAACUGUCUCACCGCAGGGACGGAGAAAAGACCACGUGGUUUCCCGUGCCGAAGAAGACCUUUUGGCCACCCGCAAGCACCAUCCCGAAUCGCCAGGAGAGCUCUACUUCCCUCAGUGUCUCCGAUGACAAUUCGUCGGUCCAGUCCAGUCCUUGGCAGAGAGAUCACUGCUGGAAGCAGACGCAUCCCCGACGCAGGAUAACCACAGAGUUCAAUUUUUAUUAUCGUCGAAAUCCCAAGACCCGCUUGUGCGCGCAUCUUCGCUUAAUAGCGAGGAAACGCAGGCGCCCGUUAGACUCCACGACCGCGACCUCAGUUCCAGAAUCAACGACGGCCUAUUCGACGAGAACGUCGCGGAAACUGAACGGCACGUCGUCGUCGUCUUCGUCAUCGUCGUCGUCGUCGGGCAAGGUUCUGAGUCUGAUCAUCGAUAAGCUGGCGCGUCUGCUAGAUCCCAAUGUGGUGUCGCCUCGCAAACGCAUACUACGAGAGCUGGAGAGAGUCUCGCUGGAGGAUCAGGCAUCCAAAAGACGGGCGACUCCGCAACCGGUUUGCACGACGAGUGCGCCGCCGCCGACUCCCUCCGCGAAGCAGGUGUCAUCGUACAGCAUAACCAGUAUCUUGGGGGAGGACAAGCCGAGUACCGAACCGGGUUUCUUGCGGACACUGCUGAAGCCGGACGACCGGCAGCCUGUGAAAUACUCAUCGACUAACGCCUAUCCGAGGGUACGAAUCGAUCCCUAUAUCGGAUCCAGCAAUACAUCCGUUCAUCAUCCUCUCUACGGGAUACCGAUGUUGCCACCUGGACCGUACAGGGCGCCUCUAUGGAUGGCGCCUCAUUAUCCGUCUCCCGUCCACUACCCGCCUCCUAUGCAAUUGUACGCAUCGCCGCAUUCUCAUCCAUCGUCUCCACAUUACAAAGACUACAGGGAACAAACUCUUACACCUCCUUCAGAUAUGCCUCUGAAUCUGUCGAAGCAUGCGGGUUGAAUCUCAGGAUCCCAAUAGAGUUGGUGCCUUACGAGUGGACAAAACACUACGCAAACACUGCCCGUGCAACGACAAUGCGAUAUAUAUUAGUAUUUUUUUAUUCAUAAAACAAUAGUAUCUUAGUACGUAGAGAAAGAGAAAGAAAGAAAGAGAGAGACGGGUAUACGAUGAAACCAGAUAGUUGGAUUUUGGGAGAGCUAUACUUGUACAUACAAAUGCAUAAAUUUGUCAAUGGCGGCAUAGGUAUUUUAUAUUAAUAUUACAUACAAGAUUUAAAAAAAAGAAAAAAUCGUGAGUGGUAAUAUACAAAAACGUUAUGGAUAAAAAUGCAACUAUAUUAUACAUAUUUUUUAUCGUACGCAAUCCGCAAUGAGUAAAAUCGUGUAGAAAGGAGAAAAAGUAAAAGAAUCGGUACGCGUUUUUUUUUAUAUUUAAAACGAUCGAUAAAUCCACAAUGUGUCAAUAUGAGAAUGUAUUGGUAAUCGAAACGAGUCAUUUAUGCGUUUUUACUUUCGACAUUGCUAUUUGUAUUUUAUAUAUCGUGACAAAGAUGGAUGAGUACACGUAAGCCUGUGCAUGAGCAGGUCUCAUUCCGUGCAUCUCAUUUAUGCAUUUUUCCCGCUAUUCUUAACGUUACUGUCAUUAUUAUCAUUAAUGAAAAAAAAUGCUACAUUAUCCUAAAGAAAUCGAUAAGAAAGACAUAGGAUUAUGUACAGAACAGAUUAUUGCCUCUAUAUCUCUAGCAUAUUAAUUAUUCUUAAAGUUAGAAAUGCAUAAUAAAUUUAGGCUCUAAUAGAAUAUAGCCAACAAUGGUAUACAGUUAUUUAUAUGAUAUUAUAUAUAUAUAUACAUAUAUAUAUAUAUAUCGCAAAAUACGAGAGAGGAGGAUACAAAAUUACUUUGGUAACGACCGUGGGGUGUGCCUUACAGAUAAUUAACGAAAUUCCAUGAAAUUAAAUUAUUAACGGAGUCCAUGCGAAUAUGUAUUAUUAUAAAAGGAGGCACUAUAUAUUAUGUAUAUAAUAAAUAUAUCUUUGUGUUACAUGUAUUUUCAUCAAAUCGACAUUUAUUCGUUGCUCUAUUUAUUAUUAGUCAGGCGCAUCGACGAAACAUUUCACGAGAAAGCAAGGCAAGCUCGCACAGGUUCUUCAAAUAAGUGAGUAAUUUUAAUUGUUCAACGCGUUCGCGAUUCUCUUUUCAGCGAUUCUGACAAAAUGAAGAAAUAUGUGACUGCGCAUUAGCAAUUGUAUAGAAAAAGACUAAUUUCGUAAAUAUAAAUAUUUCAUAUACUAUGCA